AUGGACAAGUUCAUGUACCGGUAUUCAGAUUAUAUUCAGAACAAAACCAUUGGAGCAUUUUUCAGGGAUUUGAGCACUCGCACUCUUAAAGAGGAUGUCGUAGAACAACUUCACGAGAACAUUCCGAUCUUAUUGUGCAACUUGGAAAUGAUAUUUCCUCCCUCAUUUUUUGACGUCAUGGAGCAUUUAGCUGUCCACCUCCCGUAUGAGGCAUUGCUUCGAGGACCAGUACAUUAUGGAUGGAUGUACCAGUAUGAGCUGGCCAUGAAAUAUUUGAAGGGAAAGGCAAAAAACCUCGCAAAGGUUGAAGGUUCUAUAAUUGCUGGAAGUUUGACGGAAGAAACAUCUCACUUCACAUCGUACUACUUUGCACCUAAUGUACGGACCCGACAAAGAGCUCCAAGAAGAUAUGAUGAUGGUGGUGUUGCCCCAACAUAUGCAGUUGCUGGUGUUCCGGAUAUCUUUAGCCAGAUUGGGCGAAUGGGUGGGAAAACGAAAGAGGUUUGGUGGUCGAGUGAUGAAGACGCCCAUAGUGCACACACUUACAUUCUACUUAAUUGUGAGGAUCCAUUUAUGCGUUAUUUUGAAAGCCUAUUUGUUAGUCAAGUCCAAGAAGCAAUCCCAGGUAUAUCCACAAGUGAGGUAGAUAAAAGGAAAGAUCGACACUUUAUUAAAUGGUUGAAGAGUCAGGUUGAAUAUGACGAUCCAGAUUACCCCACAUGGUUUCACGAAUUAGUUCAGGGUCCACUUGCAAAGGUCACCACAUCACCAAUGUAUUUCUCACGAGGCUUUACUUUUCAUACGUACGAGUAUGGUAAACACCGGGCGACCAGCAAUUAUAGAAUUUGU